AUGUAUGGAGAAUUUGAUCUUGAUGAUCCUUAUCCAGAUUUAGAAAAAGGAGAGGACUACGCUGGUCAGGAUGACUACGAAGGAGGGUCGAGUAGUGACGAAGAGGCUGCUAGAAAGCGAAGGAGGAUAGAAGGAAGAGAAUUCGAUAAGGAACUCGGUCAUGUUUAUCCUGAGGACGAGGAGGAGGAGGACGACGAUGAGGAGAACGAGGACUAG